UAAAUACUCGAAUUGUAAACAAGAACUAACGUUUUAUCAAUCAAACUUAAAAUAUAUUUUAGUUAACCAUUGAAACCUAAAAACAGUUUCCAAAAUGAUUGAUCCAGACAUGGAAUCGAAGGAGGAUAAAAGAAAAAUGCCGAAAAUAACAAAGGUGAAGAACAAGAUGCCGGCUCCUGUACAGAUAACAGCGGAACAGCUGCUGAGAGAAGCCAAGGAGAGAGAGUUGGAGCUUGUUCCACCGCCUCCAAAGCAAAAAAUAUCUGAUCCUGAUGAGUUGCAAGCCUACAGACUUCGCCAAAGAAAGAUGUUUGAAGACAAUAUUAGAAAGAACAGAGGGCAAAUAACAAACUGGAUCAAAUAUGGUGGAUGGGAAGAGAGCCAGAAGGAAGUACAGAGAGCAAGGUCGGUGUAUGAGAGAGCGUUAGAUGUUGAUCAUAGGAACAUCACACUGUGGUUGAAAUACGCCGAAAUGGAGAUGAGGAUGAGACAAAUCAACCAUGCCAGGAAUAUCUGGGACCGAGCCAUCACAGUUUUACCCAGGGCAAAUCAGUUCUGGUACAAAUACACAUACAUGGAGGAAAUGUUGGGAAACAUUGCAGGUUGUCGCCAGGUGUUUGAACGCUGGAUGGAAUGGGAGCCGGAGGAGCAGGCGUGGCACUCAUAUAUCAACUUUGAGCUACGCUACAAGGAGCUUGACAGGGCAAGGAUGAUCUAUGAGAGAUUUGUUAUUAUCCACCCUGAGGUAAAGAACUGGAUAAAGUAUGCCCGGUUUGAGCAGAAGAACAGCUAUAUCAACAGUGCACGCAGCAUCUAUGAGCGGGCGAUUGAAUACUUUGGGGAGGAUAAUAUGGAUGAAAAACUCAUCAUCGCUUUCUCAAAGUUUGAGGAGGGACAGAAAGAGCAUGAGAGAGCGAGAGUGAUUUACAAAUACGCCCUUGACCAUCUACCGAAAGACAAGUGCCAGGAGAUCUACAAGAACUACACAGUCCAUGAGAAGAAGUUUGGAUCUAGAGCAGCUAUAGAAGAUGUGAUAGUUAGCAAGAGGAGGUUCCAGUAUGAAGAGGAGGUGAAGAGCAACCCAUUAAACUAUGAUGCCUGGUUUGACUACCUCCGACUGAUGGAAGAUGAUGGGAAUGUGGACCAUAUCAGGGACACAUACGAGCGUGCCAUCGCCAACAUACCCCCUGCCCAGGAGAAGCGUUUAUGGCGUCGCUACAUCUACCUGUGGAUAAACUAUGCCCUAUAUGAGGAACUGGAAAUGGAGGAUGCGGAGAAAACCCGCGCCGUCUACAAGGCCUGUCUUGACAUCAUUCCACACAAAAAAUUCACAUUCGCCAAGAUCUGGCUUCUGUUUGCGCAGUUUGAACUGCGACAGAAAAACCUUGUUAAUGCUAGAAAAAUUUUGGGUGUUGCAAUAGGAAAAUGUCCAAAGAACAAACUGUUCCGGGGCUACAUAGACAUGGAACUACAGCUUAGAGAGUUUGAGCGAUGUCGGAUAUUGUAUGAAAAGUUUCUGGAGUUUGGUUCAGAAAACUGCACAACAUGGAUGAAGUAUGCUGAGCUAGAGACUAUACUUGGAGAUGCGGACCGUGCGCGGGCCAUAUACGAGCUUGCUAUCGCUCAGACCAAGCUGGAUAUGCCUGAAGUUCUUUGGAAGGCCUACAUCGAUUUUGAGAUAGAACAAGAGGAAUUUAACAACACACGGAACUUGUACAAGAGGCUGCUACAGAGGACCCAACAUGUCAAGGUGUGGAUAAGCUAUGCUCAGUUUGAGAAGACAACAGGAGAAGUUGAGUAUGUAAAGAACACUCGGCGGAUCUUCCAGGAGGCAGCAGCCACCCUCAAGAAGGCAGAGGAGAAGGAAGAGCGACUCAUGAUCCUAGAGUCAUGGCAGGCUUUUGAGGCUGAGCAUGGUGACGAUGAAUCUCGCAGUCGAGUGGAGAAACUGUUGCCUCAGAAGGUGAAGAAGAGGAGGAAGAUACAGACAGAUGAUGGGUCUGAUGCCGGCUGGGAGGAGUACUACGACUACAUAUUCCCAGAUGAGACUGCAGCACAGCCAAACCUCAAACUGCUGGCAAUGGCUAAGAAGUGGAAAAAGGCCCAGGACACUGACGAGACAGCGGAGGAGGAAGCAGGGGCAUCAAGGGAAGACAACCCUGAGGAGAGUCAUGUUGCCAUGGAAACUGAGGGGGACUGAAUUGUUUGCCCUAGAGAUUGUGUUGGAAUAUAUUGUGACUAUAACUGAUAGAGGAAAGCACUAGGCCUGGUGUCUUUGUUAUUGUUCCUCGCCACUUGACAAGAAAUCAUGUUACAACACUGAUGAAUGGAUAUAUAUGCUCUCAAAGAACAUGUCAGACUGUCCAUUUCUUCAUUUGAACACUACCACUUUCUCAUUAAAUUUCAUCAUUAUCAUCUUCAUAAUCCUCACUACAUCGUCUUCAUCAUCAUCAUCAUCAUCAUCAUCAUCAUCAUCAUCAUCAUCAUCAUCAUUGUUGUAUCUUUAUGUGGCAACAAGGUGUCUGUAUUACUAUCUGAUACAAUAAAUUAAAGAAAAGUAUA